GAAGUCGCCUACUUUUCCUUCCGAUCGCGUCGUCCUCUUUGCUUCUGGUUGCCCUCCCUUAUGGGGAGUCAACCUUUCGUUUCCCCCUUUUCCUAUUUAUCAAGAAAUUGCAAGUCCACUUCAGGUUUUCUUUAAUCCUUAUUUACUGGGUCUUCUACUUCUUCUUCUAGUUGACGAUGAUUCGACAAGUUGUAUUUAAAUUUUUUGAUCUACCGUUGGAGUUCAAAUUUGGGGCCUUGUUUUCGUUGAAGAAUGAUUAUGGAUCUGGUGAGCUAGUGAAAUCCGCAAUUUGCGGUUAUUUAGAGAGAUUGAGAUGCAAAAUACGAGAAUUCGAGCGGUUAGCCGGACAGGUCGAGUCGAUCUCCGGCAUCAUCCUUUGCCUACUGAGGUCGAGCCUUUGGAGUCCGAUGAUCCUGGGGGAAAAAUGAAGGACGGAACGGUGAGGAGGUGCGAGUAUCUCGCCGUCUUCUUCUUCGGAAUCGGGUGCUUUUUCCUGGGAACCUACUGGAAAUCCCUCGAGUUUCAUGUACCGUUCGCGUUAAUCGGGAACUCCCAGGACGCCGGAUUCUCUAUCCAGAAUGACACCGAGAGGGUGGUGGGUCAGUUCUUUCAGGAGUUCCGCAGUUUGUCUGUCUCGGGGGAGAGCGGCGGAGCUCGGAUCGAGCUCUGCCCCCUUCAUAUGGAGAAUUAUGUUCCCUGCCGUGAUGACUUCGAUAGGAUUCGCAGCGUUCUGCUUCCUGGAAGGGGUAGGCGGCCGGGGAGGUAUUGUCCGGAUGAGAGUGAUAUGUGGUUCUGCUUGAUUCCAGCUCCAAGGAGUUACCGGCAGCCGGUGCCGUGGCCAGAGAGCUUGAACGAGGUGUGGAUAGGGAAUUUUCCUCAACCAGAACUCAUAAGGCACGCAGUCAGCAAAAAGUUGUUUGCUUCAAAGGGAGAGAAGAUUAAGCGUUUGCAGAAUGGAAAGGAGCAUUUUCUGUUGCAGUUUUUCCAUAAACUGGCUGAGACAGUUCCUGAUGCAAAGCUUGGUGUUCGUAUCAAAGCAGCUCUGGAAAUUGAAGCUGGUUUCAGUGGGGUUGGUGCUGCACUCCUUUCUCACAAUGUGAACAAUCUGUUUAUAGCAUCAGGAGACGAGCAUAAAAACCAAGUGCAAUUUGCUCUUGAGCGUGGAAUUCCUGCUAUGCUUGCAGAUUUUGGGUCGGAUAGGCUUCCAUAUCCCAGCCAAGCUUUUGAUUUGAUAUAUUGCUUGGAGUGCAAUAUCGACUGGGAACGUGAUGGUGGGAUCCUGCUUCUUGAAGCAAAUAGAAUGUUGCGGGCUGGUGGUUAUUUUGUUCUAGGGGUGGAACUUCCACUGAGGGAGAGAAACUUUUGGACUGAUAUGAAUAACAUAACAGAGCGGAUAUGCUGGUCACUUGUUGAAAAGCAAGAAAAUAUCAGGUUCUGGAAAAAGCCUUUUAACAACAUUUGUUACACCAGUAGAGGUGCCGGCGCACAGCCCCCACUCUGUGACGCGUUAGAUAACCAGGAUGACGUAUGGUAUGUGAAGUUGAAGAACUGCAUUACUCCACUACCUCAGCAUGCCGUGAUAACCUCUCCACUGAAGCAAUUAACUUCUUACUUUUCUGUACCAAAUCGUUUGAAUGAUGUGGAGAUAGAAACCCAUUUGUCAAAGUCCAUGACAUUCAAAGCCGAAGCAAGCUAUUGGAGGAUGGUAGUAAAUGGUUAUCUUAGCCAUCUUGGAUGGAAAGAUUUUAAGUUCCAAAAUGUGAUGGAUAUGCGGGCAGGCUUUGGAGGAUUUGCAGCAGCAUUAUAUCAGACAGGCAUGAAGUGCUGGGUGAUGAAUGUGGUUCCUAUAAGUGGGCCCAACACACUUCCUGUAAUUUAUGAUCAAGGAUUUAUUGGUGCCAUCCAUGAUUGGUGUGAGCCCUUUGAUACAUAUCCACGAACUUAUGAUCUUAUCCAUGCGGCGGGAGUUUUCUCUGCAGAGAAUAAGAGAUGUGAGAAGAUAGUGAUUCUAAUCGAAAUGGAUCGGAUCUUACGUCCUGGUGGACGGGCUUACAUAAGGGACUCACGUUCCAUCCUCGCAGAAGUUGAAGUGCUAGCAAAGCUGGUUGGAUGGAAAGCGGUGAUGGUCAAGACACAUGAAGGAAUUUAUGGCGACUCAAUGGUUUUGAUUUGCCAAAAGUUUUUUCUACAUCUCUAAUAGUUGUCAUAGUGUCAUGGGGUGUUACAAUCAGGAGAAUAUAAACAGAUGGCGAGGCAGUUGGAUGCAAUUUUUUCUCCCGAUUGUUCCUGAAACAGAGCAAAGAAUCACACGGGUUGUAUAAUUGAUCGUAUUUGCCAAUUAUUUACUAACAUGAUGGAAUGAAAAUCAAUAAGAGCGAAGGCACGGUUGAUUCAA